AUGUGGAAUGACGUGGGUGGAAGUAAGAGGAAGAGAGGUGGAGACAAUAGGCUGGGAAAAAGGAUACCACUAUCGGGGAAUGGGUUUAGCGUCACCGUGAGCGAGUCCACAGGAUUUCUAAAUGAAAAAUACGUGAGGAGGGUGCAUAGGGAUGAGAAGAACUUUGGUGAUGAGCUGGCAGUGGUGCACUACCGUAGGCUCCCUUGA